GGCCUAAGCUCCAGCUCUUUGCUUGAGUGUUGAGUGAGUCACUGCUAAUCCAACAGCCAUGAUGCUCCUAACUGCUCUCCUCUGUGGGUUUCUGUCCACAUCACAGCCUUUAUUUGUAAAGACUGAUGACAACGCUGGCAACAACAUUGAGGACGAUGACUUCAGUGUCUCCACCCUGCUGGAAAAGGCCAAUACUAACCUGGGGGAGAACUUGGAUGACCCUCUGGUGAUGUUUGGAGACAUUGCCGUGCCAACGGGUCUACAGAAUGCUGAUCCCUGCACUGCUCGAGGCUGCCUGUGGAAUAAAGACCAGGACGGCAACGUCUACAUUCCGUACAGUAUUUCCAACCAGUUCUCUCAAAGAGAAAGAAGCAUCAUCGUGAGAGGUCUGGAGUCAUUUCAUGGCUCUACUUGCCUCCGCUUCAGGCUCCGCCAAAGGGAAAGAGACUUUGUGGACAUCCAAUCCCGCUCUGGGUGCUGGUCUUUUGUUGGCCGUAUUGGUGGCGGUCAGGUGGUGUCGCUGAGUCGCAACGGGUGUGUUUUCCACCAGAUCGUCCAGCAUGAGCUGUUACACGCUCUGGGCUUCAACCAUGAACAGACCCGCUCGGACAGGGAUAGCCAUGUCCGCAUCCUUCUGGAGAACGUCAUCCGUGGACAGGAGCAUAACUUCAGGAAAAUCGACACCAAUAACCUUGGCACUCCCUAUGACUACAACUCUGUCAUGCACUAUGGAAGGUUUGCCUUCUCUAGGAACAGAGAGCCAACCAUUGUUCCCAUCCCCGACCCAAACGUAGAGAUUGGAAGAGCCACUGAGAUGAGUCAGAAUGACAUCCUCCGGGUGAAUCGCCUCUACCAAUGCAAUUCAACUGUUCUUAAGAAUAAACGAUUUGCGUUGGGAAUGCAGUUCCUCUGAGAGUUCAAAGACGAGUAGCAGACAUACAGAGGAAGCUGCUUGCUUUUAUUGGCUUCUUUGUUGACCUAGUGAGAAAUUAAAACGACUGAACUGUCACUGUCAUUUUACCACAAAUACACAAGAACGGAUGCUUUCCAGCUUGAUGCAAUGCAAAUAUUAAUAAAACUAGUCAAAGCGA